AUGCCCCCCAAGAAGGUCGCUGCCCCCAAGGAGAACAUCUCCUUGGGCCCCUCUGUCCGCGAUGGCGAGCUCGUCUUCGGCGUUGCCCGCAUCUUCGCCUCCUUCAACGAUACCUUCGUCCACAUCACCGAUCUCAGCGGUCGCGAGACCAUCACCCGUGUCACCGGUGGCAUGAAGGUCAAGGCCGAUCGUGACGAGUCCUCCCCCUACGCUGCCAUGUUGGCUGCCCAGGACGUCGCCGCCCGCUGCAAGGAGCUGGGCAUCAACGCUCUGCACAUCAAGAUCCGCGCCACUGGUGGCAACGGCACCAAGACCCCCGGCCCCGGUGCCCAGUCUGCCCUCCGUGCCCUGGCCCGUGCCGGCAUGAAGAUCGGCCGCAUCGAGGACGUCACCCCCACGCCCUCCGACUCUACCCGCAGAAAGGGUGGUCGCCGUGGUCGCCGUCUCUGA